UUGGUUGGUAGACGAUGCCGCUUUGGCUGUUUGUCUGGAGGGAUUUUACUAAUGCCUUGGCUUUGACACUCAGUAGCACGGCUACGAGAUCCACGAAUGCGACCUUGACGUCAUCCCAACGUCCAGCGUAAUUUUCUUCCUUCAAUUGGAUUGUCUUGGUGUAAGUGGGCCCUCCAUUGUUCCGCUCGCUUCCUGGGGAGUGUAAUAUGUUCCAGGAAGCGUGAAGGUUCUUCCUCUUUUGGGUGCGUCAAAGCUCUGGGGUGCGUGCCAUUACCGCGCGACCUAUCGGAGGCGACAUGGAGGCCAUAGUGCUCGCAGAAUGCACCGGUUGCCCUGCGGCGGCAUCGAGUGCUUUCUACCGCUCAAAACAGGGAAGGCCGAAAGCGUAGGGUAAAGAGGUGAGCGGGCCUUUAAGCGAUGCCUUAGGAAACAACGCCUGUUCGUCUAUUUGUCUGUUGGGAUUUCCCAGUAAAUUCAUUGGAAAGUAUUUCGGAGAAUACAAAGGCAGUCCCAAGGGCAGGGUCAUAAACUGUCGCCUGGACCACACUGGCCCCACAGGUCUCAACGUAAGUCAUUUUCAAGGGCCAUUCUUGCUCUGCUGCGUUCUGAGCCUCGGUGGCAAUUGUUACCAGGAUCUUCAUGAUGACGGAGACGAAAAAAGCGCCCAACAGUUCUGCUGCUGAACCUAACAUGAGCAGCUGAGCCCGAUUUCAUGACCGCAAAGGAGACACAAUGACAGAAAGGAGGUCAAUCGCCAUUUUUUUUUCUUUUUUUGUCUUCUAACAAGCGGGUCAAGCAGCAGGACGGCAACGUACCCUUCCGAAAAAUUUCGGUCUGCACACCAGGAGCGCCGGGCAAGGGGUCGCAUUACAAGCCAGUGAAAGAAGAGGGGGGGGGGGGGGGGGGGGCGGAAGAAAGGGAGGGUGCGGGGCGGUAGAGGAACGCGCAGGAGAGAUGAAAACGAAGAAAAUUACCAACAAAUUACUCUCGCGAGAAAGCUAACACAAAAGCGGCCCGCCUGGCUAGAGCUUAAAGCCGGAGGAUAUCCAUUCAAGGUCACCAUCUGGAUCGCCGCAGAUACAUCGCUUCCCCGUAGGCAAGGUAAAAUGGGGGACCAAACACUCAGAAACGCGUUCUCGGCGCCACCAUCUUCGUGUUUAUUUUUCCGUGGUCAAUUAUAAUUGUGCGCUUCGGAGAGGGUUUUAAAGAACGCGGAUUUGAGGAAUGGGGAGUCACGGGGGCGGUACCACAAUAAUCUGAGCUGCCACUCAUUCGGUACCGGUCGCCCUCCCCUUUUUCGACGUUCCUGGUGAGUUGGGAUUCCUUUAUAAAAAGCAGACCCCUUCCGUCUCGACGCCUACAAAUCAUUUUCGAAGUCUGUUCUGGAUCAACUGCGAUUCCUGAGUCAAGCUGUUACACGUGACAAAUGCAUCAAUUGCUCCGGACGAUGUGACGACGGAGGCGACGACAACGCCCCGGAGAGACGAUCGCUGAACUUGACAAGCGAAGUGUUGAGCUUGUUUGUGUCAUCCCAGAAACUACGCGAUGUCGCAAAAAAGGUCCAUCGUCGAUUUUUUUACGACUUCCGGCAAGCGAACCAAACAAAAGGACGACGACCGCUCCGAGCUGCGCUCUUCAACUGAAGAUUGCGCCGUGAUCACCCAGCAGCAGACGACUCCCCCCGAGCUGUCCACUCCAAUCCCUGAUGGCCCAGUGAUUCCACGGAGCGCCACUUCUACCGACCUGCAUCCUGAGCCUUCCUCUGGAGAUGAAUCCUGUAGAGAGGAAUCCUGUCCAGAACAAGGCAAGCCUGACAAUGACUAUGAGGAGUUCUCCUCGUGUGCGAUGCGGGAGGAACCUAGUCCUGCUUCCGAACUCACCGCUUCUGAGGCUGGUGCCAGGUUUCCAGGUCAGUUGGAUCUUUCCAAAUUUAAGACAGAGCUUCCUAGGCAGCCAUUACUAAACCCAUUCCCAUCUAAGAAGUACGGCAAAGAGAGCCGAAGCUUUCACUCAGAGUGGUACGGGUUGUUUCCCUGGUUGGAGUACAGCGCUCAACUUGAUGCGGCUUUCUGCUACCCGUGUAGAAUGUUUUCUACUGUAACCAAUGAGAAAUCUGCAUUUGUCACCGCUGGGUACACUAACUGGAAGAAGGCUCUAGACAAAGAAUCGGGGUUUAGGAAGCACGAUAACUCAGUCGCGCAUAAGACAUGCCAAACGUCGUGGGUUUCUUACACAGAGAUGAAGUCCAGAGGACCAGGCGAGUCAGUCGCCACACACCUGAGCAACGCGCAUUCGAAACAGGUUCAAGAAAACCGAAUGUAUGUUGAAAGAGUGGCAGAUAUUCUUAGAUUUACAGCCGUACAGGGUAUAGCACAGAGAGGGCAUGACGAGAGUGACACGAGUGACAACAAAGGUAACUAUCUCGAGCUCAUGAACUUGCUUGGCAAGUACGACGAGAUCGUAAAAAAGAAGUUGAAGGAUGGGCCAGCCAAUGCCAGGUACGUUCAUCAUUCAAUCCAAGAUGAAAUUCUUGGGAUUCUGAGCCGCCUGACACUGGCUGCUAUACAGGAAGAGAUGAAAGGCUCUCAGUGCUUCGCGUUAAUGGUUGAUGAAACCAAAGACAUUAGCAAGACAGAGCAAGUUUCGGUCGUAGUAAGGUACUACGUAAGGGGAGCCGUUUUUGAGAGAUUUCUUGGAUUUCGCAACGCGGAGCAAUUGAACGCUCGGUCGCUCUUGGACUACAUCUACGAAGCGUUAAAUCGGUGUGGAAUUGACUCUCAAGAGUGCGUUGCGCAGACCUAUGACGGCGCUAGUGUCAUGAGCGGAAACUUAAUGGGUGUCCAGGCACUGUUCAGGGGGAUUUUUUCGCUCUUUUAG